AUGGCCUUUGACCUUAACCAAGGACAGUUUACCAGCAACCGACUGAAGGUCAUCUAUACCGCAGCCCAUCUUAAAGGAGCAGCUUUUGCCUGGUUUGAACCCUUUCUCAGCGACCACUAUGAGAACACAAACGGGGCUAAAGAAAAGACCAAGAGGCUCAUUGACUCUUUUAAAGAGUUUAAAAGAGAAAUGAAGGUGAUCUUCGACUGGGAUGAAGAUGAAGCCUUAUGGGACAUGUUCUACCAGGGAUUAAAGAUAGAGGUUAAAGCCAAAAUGGCUGUACCGCUACCUACAACUCUAAUCGAAGUGGUAGACAAGGCUAUCAAGGUGGACAACCGACUCUACGAGCUCAGGAUAGAAUAG